CAUCAUUUUCCUUAUCUGCAGUUAUCUAAGAAGUAUUUUCACUCUGAUUAUAUAUUAGAUCAGUUCCUCUCUAGGACCAUACAUUCUACUCUCCACACCGGAACCUCGGAGCAACCAAAGUUCCCCCUCUCACCGCCGACAAGCACAUGAAAUGCAAUGGAGCAUAACAAGAGCCAUCUUUCCAUUUCUAUCAGAAAAGAAAAUAUAUCCUUCUUUAUGUCUUGUUCCAUGAGAUUUAUCUCAUGAUCGCCAUGGGACGUCGGAUUCGACUUCUUGUUCGGGGAGAAUGGCCCUCAAUCGUCGCGAUUUCGUUCUGGUGGGCAUCGGGGGUUUCAUCGCAUGGGGCUUUGUCGUUAGCUGGCUUCCAGUCCUGCGAUAUCUCGGAUAUGCUCUUGUUCUCGGUGCUUCAAUAUCCUCUGCUUCACUGCUUGCUCUCGUGCUUUUGACGACCCGCGCACUCAAGGAUGCAAAGGGAGCUAGACCCAAGAACCCAUCAGUGGCAUUCAUUGCCCCCGAGAACUGGCUGAAAGAAACACAAAGUAUUCGCAAACAGGCUGUCUAUCACACUGAAUCGCUCUAUCCAAAGUCGUUCGUCGUGUCGGAGGGCAUUGAUGAGCUUCUGAGUUUUGUCACACGGGACUUUGUCGCCUCUUGGUACAAACACAUCAGCCCGAACCCGGUUUUUGUGCACGAGGUGGACCGAGUGAUUCGAACAGCGACCGGGAACCUUCGAGAUAGGCUCGUAGCGGAGGAUAUGGUGUCGUUGCUUGUGUCGCGGAUUUUCCCAAUCCUGACUACGCACCUUAGAGAGUUUGAUAUUGCUGAACGACUAGUUCGUGGGCGUAAUCUUACUCGAAAUGUCACAGAAUUCGAAGAGCUCGAUCUUGCAAUCGCAAAGAAAUACCGCGAAGGGCGUCUCCAUCCAGCAGCUGCGCUGUCAUUUUCUGACCAGAAGCUCUUGGAGCAGGAGUAUCUACGAAAGAUUGCCGUUGGUUUACUCCCACAGCUAUUUCCCGAGAGCAUUCUCAACAGUAGGGUUGUCUCGGUGUUAAUCAGGGAGAUACUGUCCUGUGCUGUACUCUCCCCCCUGGUAUCGGCCCUGGCAGACCCAGAUACCUGGAACCAAUUGGUGGAAGCUUAUGGACGAACUGCCAUCCAAGAUCGUAAAACAGUCCGGAAACUACGAGCGGCUUUGGAUGAACAUGCGUCUCCGGCCCCAAAAUCGAAACGCGGACAGCUUCCUAGGCUUAGUCCAAAUGACUCAGAACGAGCCUUUGAGCGAUUUGUUCGGACAAUCCGCCGCUGCAACAACCUGUCCGAUGCUAGACGGUUCAGAGCGCUCAUUGCUAGCCAGUUAAAGAAGGAAAGCACAGUAGAGGGGCAGGAUUCUGUCUACCUUCAGCGUUUAGAGACGGGGAAGAGAGUCCUGGAUCAAAAGGUAGCCAAGCUCUCGGCGCCGGGUGGCAGUUCGUCAUCCCAUGCAACAGCUGCUGCGUCGCACUUCCGUCGUAACAGUUCCUCUACAUCACAUGAAAUGUCGCUGGUCGAUUUGAUGCACGAUGCUUCUGGUCUCUCGUAUUUUAUGGAGUUUAUGGAUCGUCAGCGUUUGAUGUCUCUCGUGCAAUUCUGGAUUGUGGUCGACGGAUUUCGCAAUCCACUUGAAGAUGAUUUUGGGGAUGAGAGCUCACCAGGUUCGACGACCUGGACUACAACAGAUAGAAAUGACAUGGCAUUGAUCAGCGAGACGUAUCUAUCCAAGCCGGAACUCAAAGUCACAAAUGAUUCUCGCCGAACAGUGAAAGCAUUUUUGAGUGCCGGAAAACGGGCAACUCCAGAGCAGUAUCGCAAGGCUCGGACUGUGAUUUUGACAACACAAUCGUCAACUCUGGAGGAAUUGCAGAACACCUACUACCCCAAAUUCAAAAAGUCAGACUUAUACUACAAAUAUCUUGCAUCUGACGAAGUAUCAAAUUCUGGGUCUCAUGCGGCCUCGGCUAGUCAAUCGAACCCUUUGAUCACUGUCGAAACGUCUGAGAGACGGCCUUUGCCUCCCUUGAUGGGACGCACUAUGUCACAGCCGGGCCCUAAAUCAAAAGAUCUUCGCAGAGCAGCCGUUUCGUCAAGUGAUAUCCGGAGCAUGGGGAAGCUCUUCGAUGAUGAUGAGCCCCCCAGAGGUUCUCUUGACUCGGAGCGUUCUGCUCCUCUGUUUGACGAUGAAUACGAUACCGACCCUCUCGCCAUAUCAACACACAGCGUUGGCAAGGACUCUCAAAAUGGAGACAAUGAGGCAAACCAAAACCAAAUCAUUGAAACGAUGGAGGCUGCCCUGAACGACAUAAUCACGAGUGACCCUAAAAACGGAAAAGCGGAAGAUUUGAAAGCAUAUGACCUUGCGUCAUCUCCAAUAUUUGGAAACGAGCUGCCUCAAAAGCCCCCGCGCAAUUUGGUAGACUCGCCACGGGUGGAUAGUCGGGUAGAUGAGAAGACCAAGCCGAACAUUGCUUCUCUCGGGCUCGUGGGACAUUCCUCUCGACUGGGUGUGUUUGAAGAUGAUCUUUUUCCUGAUCAGCAAAAGUUUAUCGAAGAUGAAUACGAAGAACCCGUGGCAGCAGAAAAGGACCCAGCCGAUGAAGUUCACGAAGCUGCUCCCGGAGAUCUUGGUCUCACCGAGGCCAUUGAGGCACUCACGGCAGAUAUUGAAAAGCUUGGGUCGCAGGACUCUGUGGUGGAAGCUUUAACUCGCAAAGCGGAGCUCACGAACAACACGGCCGAACUGCGAAUCUUGCGCAAGUCUAAGGCUAGUAUCCAGCGUGAGGUUCACCGCAAAGAGAUGCAGCGACAGCAGUACAUUAUCCAAGAAAGUGACAACAGUCUGUAUGGUCGAUCAAUCAUCCAAAUCAAAUCCAUCGUUGUGGGCAAAGAAGAGGACGGUCGAGAAUAUGCCAUGUAUGUGGUAGAGGUGCAGAGAAACGCUGGAGAACAGAUGCCCGCGGCAUCUUGGGCAGUUCCCCGACGGUACAGCGAAUUCCAUGAACUUCAUCAAAAACUGCGUCUGCGAUAUCCAUCCGUGCGACACUUGGAAUUCCCGCGACGACGGAUGGUCAUGAAACUACAGAAGGAGUUCUUGCAAAAGCGGCGCCUGGCGCUAGAAGUGUAUUUGCAAAAGCUGCUACUCCUCCCAGAAGUGUGCCGGAGUCGUGACUUACGGGCCUUUCUCUCUCAACAGGCAAUCACCCCGCGCAGCGAAGCUCCUCAGGAUGGCGAGACAAAAGAUCUAGUGACUCGUAUUUACAACUCGGUGACAGACGGUAUGGAUGACUUUUUGGGAAACUUUGGCGUCCUGGACCAGCUGUCGACGGCUGGGCAGAGUCUAAUUUCUGCCGCAACUAGCCAGCAGUCUAGCAAUACUCCUGAUUCAGAGGACGGCGUGACUGCGGCCGAGACAGAAGCGGAACUGAAUGCAUUCGAAGACCGGGAGCUGGAGCCCUUCGUCAAGCCCAUCUGUGAUCUUUUUCUGGAAGCGUUCGAGUUGACUAAGGGCAACAACUGGCUACGGGGACGGGCUGUGGUCGUUGUUCUUCACCAGCUUCUGGGAGGAACGAUUGAACGCAAAGUGCGCGAGGGCGCCCGGUCUUUGAUCCAAGAUGAGUCGCUACUCCGGUAUAUUGCACUUAUAAAGGAUACCAUGUGGCCCGAUGGGGCCUUGCGCGAGAGAAAAGUGCGUACGGCAUUCGAGAAGCUCAAAAGUCGAACAGAGGCCAGCCUGGUGCUGGCGACAUUGAUCCCGGAUCUGGCGGGCAAUGUUGUCGGACGAGCGAAUGCUCAAGGAGCAGCACGGAGGGUUUUUGCAACCGUGAACAACCAACGGCUCAACACACACUUAGUGUUCACCAUUCUGGAUGAGAUUGUACUGGUACUGUUUGGUGGAGAUAUACGAUCACGAUGAGCCGAGUGCUCUAGUAUCAAUGAUUAAUAUGCUUGUUUUAUUUCAUUUUGAUGUCAGCUGGCGUUUCUAAGCGGUCUUCUUUUCUCUCUUUCUUUACUCUUCUAGCGAUAGAGACAUGGGAUAUAAUGAGCAGUAAUAAUCCAUAGUACUAAUGAUUUGAAGCCCUUCCUACUGCUAAGAGUCCCAUGGAUGAAAAAUGUAAUGAUCGGUCCGUUUGUGCUGAUUCAUGGUCGG